AAAGGUGCACUUUUGGUCGGCGGCAGAGCGACGGCGACUGGCAAAUCAAGCGGACGACGAACCGGCAGGCGACAAGGCAGAGAAUCGCUUCCAGCUCCCCAGUUCCCAGUUCCAGGAAUAUCGGACUACUCGGCAGUCCAGAGCACCCGCUAGUCACUAGCUUUAACAAACACUCGAUUGUUUCGAUAGUUUCGUGAGAGUGAGAUCCCCGAGAUGACCUCGCGAAUGUUCAAGUUCGGCGUCACAGCCGCCAGCGCCUGCGUGGGCUCCGUUCUGGCGUCCUAUACCUUGGACCGCUGGAACUCGCCCCAUGUGGUGAACAAUGCUGUGCAGCGUCCGCCAAAGAGGAAGCGCACCUUGCCCCCCAGGGCUGACCAGAUAAAGUCCCUGAUGAGUGGCGAGGAGUUCGAUGUGCUGAUCAUCGGCGGAGGAGCCACCGGAGCGGGCUGUGCCCUCGAUUCGGUCACCAGAGGCCUCAAGACAGCCCUGGUGGAGCUGGAUGACUUCGCCAGCGGCACGUCCUCACGGUCCACCAAGCUCAUCCAUGGCGGAGUCCGCUACCUGCAGAAGGCCAUUCUCGGCCUAGACUUUGAGCAGUACCGCAUGGUGAAGGAGGCUCUUCAGGAGCGCGCCACCAUGCUGGAGUCGGCGCCCCACCUGACCCACCCGUUGCCCAUCAUGCUGCCAGUUUACACGUGGUGGCAGGUGCCCUACUACUGGGUAGGCAUCAAGUGCUACGAUCUGGUGGCCGGUGACCGCAACGUGAAGAGCUCCUACUACCUCUCAAAGAAGGACGCCCUGGAACUGUUCCCCAUGCUCAAAAAGGAUAAGCUGUGCGGCGCCAUUGUGUACUACGACGGCCAGCAGGACGACGCUAGGAUGUGCCUGGCGGUGGCGUUGACCGCGGCGCGCCACGGCGCUACCGUGUGCAACCACGUCGAGGUGAAGGAGCUGCUCAAGAAGGAUGACGGCACUGGCAAGCAGGUGCUAUGCGGAGCCAAGGUCAAGGAUCAUAUCUCCGGCAAGGAGUUCAUUGUGAAGGCCAAGUGCAUCGUGAAUGCCGCCGGCCCGUUCACGGAUAGCAUCCGCAAGAUGGACAACCCCACGGUGAAGACCAUCUGCUCCCCCAGCUCGGGAGUGCACAUCGUACUGCCAGGCUACUACAGCCCUGACCAGAUGGGUCUGCUGGAUCCCUCGACUUCCGACGGCCGCGUCAUCUUCUUCUUGCCCUGGCAGCGGCAGACGAUCGCCGGCACCACGGAUCUGCCCUGCGAGAUUACCCACUCGCCCACCCCCACCGAGGACGAGAUCCAGUUCAUCCUUAACGAAAUCAAGAACUAUCUCAAUGCCGAUGUGGAGGUGCGCCGUGGCGACGUACUCUCCGCCUGGAGCGGCAUUCGCCCCCUGGUCUCGGACCCCAACAAAGAUGACACCCAGUCCCUGGCCCGCAACCACAUUGUCCACGUGAGCCCCUCCAACCUCGUGACCAUUGCGGGCGGCAAGUGGACUACCUACCGCGCGAUGGCCGAGCACACCAUCGACGCUGCCAUUAAGGCCUGUAAUCUCAAACCGGAGCGCGCGGAGGCCGUAACCUCCUACCUGAAGAUUGAGGGCGGACAGGGCUGGACUCCCACCAUGUACAUUCGCCUUGUGCAGGACUUCGGGCUCGAGUGCGAGGUGGCUCAGCACCUGGCCAAAUCGUACGGCGACCGCGCCUUCGCCGUGUCGAAGAUGGCCUCCCUGACUGGCAAGCGCUGGCCCAUCAUCGGCAACCGCAUCCACCCCGAGUUCCCCUACAUCGACGCCGAAAUCCGUUACGGAGUGCGCGAGUACGCCUGCACCGCCGUGGACAUGAUUGCCCGCCGCCUGCGCCUAGCGUUCCUCAACGUCCAAGCUGCCCAGGAGGCACUGCCUGUCAUCGUGGACAUCAUGGGUGAGGAGCUGAACUGGUCGAAGGAUGAAAAGGAGCGUCAGAUCAAGGCAGCCACCGAGUUCCUGGCCAACGAAAUGGGCCACUCGGUCAACCGCACUUCCAAGGAGCGCAUACCCAUCAAGCUCUCCAAGGAGGAGAUUCAGACCUACAUCAAGCGCUUCCAGUUGAUCGACAAGGACAAGAAGGGCUAUGUCUCUAUUAACGACAUCCGGCGGGCGCUCAAGAAUUUCGGAGACGGCGACGUGUCCGGCGAACAGCUGCAUGAUAUUCUGCGCGAGAUCGACACCAACAUGAACGGUCAGGUGGAGCUCGACGAGUACCUCCAGAUGAUGUCCGCCAUCAAAACGGGCGACGUGGCCUACUCCCGAUUCGCGCGGAUGGCCGAGCUGGAGGAGCAGAAGCACGAGGCGGCCAACCUGAAGCAGAAGAUCAGUGUGGACCGCUCCGGAGGCGGUUUGUAAGGAAAAAGGAAGAGGACGAGCGACUUAACAACGACCACGACGACACCACAUCACCGGCCACAAGGCGAGGAUUAGGCUUAAGAUCGAAACGGUUAAGAUCAAACUUAUUUUCAUUUUGCUGUUAAAAAAAAUCUUUAAACUCAUA